CAAAGCCUCACAGAAAACUGAAGCUGCGAAAAAGGCAAAGAAGAUUGAAAUAGAUGUUAAUUUUAAGGCAAUCCAAGAGGCUUAUGCAGUGUUGGUCGAUCCCGUAGAAGAGCUUUGCAUGUCAUUUGAUAUAGAACAAUUGAGAGGUUUGUGUGAGAAAAUGGAAGGUAAAGAGGUGUUAGAGCAAGCGGAAGCUCUAAGAGAUGCACUGAGUUGCAAGAAAGACGCGGUUGAUGAGAAAAGUAAUCAACAAAAUGGCUCUGUCAAGGUUAAUGGAAGCAGUAAUUCUCUAGCAAGCUACGUUGAGAAGAAGGAGAAACCUUGGACUAAAGAAGAGAUCGAGCUAUUGAGAAAAGGAAUACGAAAGUUUCCCAAAGGAACUUCAAGGAGAUGGGAGGUUGUUUCAGAAUACAUUGGCACUGGAAGAUCUGUUGAAGAAAUAAUGAAAGCAACUAAAACUGUCCUCCUCCAGAAGCCCGAUACAGCCAAAGCUUUUGAUACAUUUCUUGAGAAGAGGAAACCAGCUGCACAAACAAUUGCAUCUCCACUGACAACCAGAGAAGAAUUGGAAGGAGUAUCAGUACCAGCAGCAACAACAACAACUGAAAAUGGUGCUGCCAAAACAACAACAGUACCAACUCCGACGACAACAACACUGACACCGAUAACAACAAACAGCAUCAGUUCGGAAGACUCUCAAGGAGUUUUUGAGCAAGAGGUGUGGUCUGCAGUGCAGGAAAGAGCAUUAGUUCAAGCUUUAAAAACCUUUCCAAAGGAAGCUAGCCAAAGAUGGGAACGGGUUGCUGCAGCUGUAACUGGGAAGAUUGUUGGUCAGUGCAAGAAAAAAUUCGCCAUGAUGAAGGAAAGUUUCAGGAACAAGAAAGCGGCUGUUUGAUUUAUCAUUCAUAACACAUCUAUCCAUGGAAUUAUGAAAAUAGAUGUUGCAUCAAUCUGAUGGGUAUGCAAUUUCUCAAGUAAUUUAUACUUCACACCGUAGUUUGAUCUAUGGAAUACAUUUACUUAUCUAUUUGUCUUGAUUAUUUAGACC